UGUCGGGGGUGUCGUCAUCGCGAAGAGAGUCUGCUCAAAAGGCGAGGCGCGUCCCGCCCUCGUGUUUCUCACCGUCCCCGUCCAUCCUCAGAUCACGACUUGUAUCUUAUUCCUUCACGACCACCAUCAUGUCCACCGCCAUCCUCCGCUCUCAAGCUGCUCGCUCUGUCGCCGCGUCUGCGCGUGCGGCGCCCGUUGUUGCGCGUGCAGCAUACCCCCAUGCCCGUGCAUACUCGGUCACUCCUGACCCAACUCACCCGACCGACUCGCCGAAGCCGUCAGACAUUCCCGAACCCGAGAAGGAUAACCUGACGAGCCAGUUCUGGAUCCUCACCGGUGUAACUGCGGCGUCUAUCGCAGGAUGGUACUACUUCAACGGGGACGACCUCCACCGGAAGCGUCAGAAGGACACAGCGGAGGCAGCGCAGAAGGCGAAGGAGCUAAAUGACGCAGGGAAGCGUACCGCGCAGGAUGUCGUCAAGGAGGGCGAGAAGGGGUACUACGAUCUCAAGGCCGCAGGCAAGGAGAAGCUCCACAGUGCGGAGGCGACCGCAGACGGCUACGCGGCUGACACGCGCAACACGGUCACGAAGCAGUACGGUGUGGCGAAGGCGUCUGCGGCAGAUGCAUACAACGCCACCGCGGCGAAGGUGGGCGACGCUGAGGCUGCCGCCAAGGCGACGUACGCUGAUGCGAAGCAGAAGGCCAACGAGACGAAGCAGAGUUGGGGCCAGUGGUUCGGGAGCUGGGUUGGUUAUGGCAAGAGCAAGGCGCAGGAGGCAGAGUCGAAGAGUGCUACUGAUGUAGCGGCGGGGGCGGCGAAGGUGCAGAGGGAAGCUGAGAAGCGUGAGUAAGCUGUUGGUUGGUGCCCUCGCAUGUGGACUUUCCGAGUCGAUGUUUCACCCCGGAUGUAAAAACCGCUAUCUUGUGUACUCUAAUGUCAAUUUUCCACCUGUGAACGCUGGGACCGUGAUCCUCGCAUGUUCUGGCUGCGGCGUUCCGUGCAGUACAUGUCUCGGACACCCCCGCUAUACAGAUGUUAGACGUUGCCUCAUGGCAUCCUAGUCUCAUGCUAUGUACCACCAAUGUUUUCGAUGUGUAAGGACCAUGUGUUGAACUUACCACAUUUCCUUUC